UUUGCUUACAUGAUCAGCCAUUGAAUUCCCCCGUCGAAGAGGAGGAAUCGUGUGUCUGUGUACCUGCGAUCCAAACCAGGGUCACCUUUCCUGUUUCUACCCUUUUAAGACCAUUUCUAGGGGAAUUACGUUCAUAUCUCGGAGUGGAUUUUGAUGUUAAUCGGUCUACGGCGGCUAGCGUUUCGACUCCACCCGCUUGCCGACCAAAUAUUCAGCGACAGAUGACAGUGACAGGCGGGGUGUCGGUAGCCGCUCAUUGAUAAGAGAUAAACUGGGUGACGGCGGCUGUCAGGCGCAGAUAAAACACACAAUAACGGUCUAAAUUCGACAAUGUAGCGGGAAGGACCUCUGAAACUGUUCGGCUGUGGAUGUGGUGCGCUGACCUCGACUGGGGGCUAAAAUGUUUCUCCGAGUAGCUCAACCGGAAUCACCUCGACAGUAUCACUGACUGAACCCAGCUAAGGGAUACUUUUAAAUCUCAUCUUGUGUCAAACUUAGCAACUACUUGUAUUUAGCUACGAUGCGGCUUUUAAUUCGCAUGUCAAGGUGCACUCACGGGGUGCACUUGUCCAGAUUCAAGCUAACACAACCUCGGUUGUUGUGGCUGGAUCACCGGCUGACCCUCUCAGCCGCCUUCCGGAGGAAGAGACAGUCAACCGGGGUCAGACCAUCCGUCCAGCCGGCUCCUGCCUUCCCCCUGUCCUCACCCGGGGCCACCGUGUCUGUCCUGCCCUGCAGUCCGCUCAGAGGUCUCUCUGUCGUCUGUGCACACUCGACGACAGGCCGAGCAAGGACAUUUACACACACACCUGUUGCCUUUGCCAGCUCUUCAGCCGCCUCCUCGCCGACACCAACCGAAUCGGUGAAGACCCAGACGGAGACGGAGGAAGGCCAGACACCGACCACGCUCCCCGUGGAGGAUGUCAGGAGGAUCUUGCAACUUGCCCACCCGGAGAGAUGGAGCCUGGCAGCUGCUAUUGGCUUCUUGACUGUCUCCAGCGCAGUAACUAUGUCAGCUCCGUUCCUCCUGGGUAAAGUGAUUGACACCAUUUACACUACUGGAACAGACACGGAGACGAUGGCAGCCUCCCUGACAUCGUUAUGUAUCAUGCUGACUGGAGUGUUCCUGGUCGGUGGUGCUGCCAACGCUGCUAGAGUCUACCUCAUGCAGUCCUCAGGCCAAAAGAUUGUUCGCAAUCUCCGUGCCUCCGUCUUUUCCUCCAUCCUCACACAGGAAGUGGCCUUUUUCGACAGGAGCAGGACCGGCGAGCUAAUCAACCGCCUCUCUGCUGACACGGCCAUGGUCGGCCGCUCCAUCACUGACAACCUGUCGGACGGGCUGAGAGCUGUCGCCCAGGCAGCUGCUGGUGUCAGCAUGAUGUUCUACGUGUCCCCCAGUCUCGCCAGCUUUGUUUUGCUGAUUGUUCCUCCUAUAGCCGGUCUUGCUAUCUUCUACGGCAGAUACCUUCGCUCCAUCUCCAAACGCACACAGGAUGCACUUGCGCAAGCCACGCAGUUGGCAGAGGAGCGCAUCAGCAACAUGAGGACAGUGAGAGCUUUCGGUAAAGAGCUGUCAGAGGUCAACAAGUAUACGGAGAAGACAGACCAGGUCUUCAGUCUGGCCAGGAAGGAGGCUGUACUACGAGCUGGCUUCUUCGGAGUGACUGGUCUCAGUGGUAACAUCAUGAUCCUGUCAGUUCUGUACAAAGGAGGCCUUCUGAUGGCCAGCCAGCACAUGACUGUGGGAGAGCUCUCAUCGUUCCUCAUGUACACCUUCUGGGUGGGCAUCAGCAUUGCAGGUCUGAGUUCAUUCUACUCUGAGCUGAUGAAGGGGUUUGGAGCAGGAACCAGACUGUGGGAGCUGCUGGACAGAAAGCCUGAGUUUCCUCUGAAUGAAGGUCUGGUGCUCCCUACAGACCAGCUGAAGGGUCAGCUGGAGUUCAGUGACGUCUCCUUUGCCUACCCCACCCGCAGUGAUGCUCCUAUUUUCCAGAACCUUAAUCUGAUGGUCCCAGCCGGUACCAUCAUGGCCGUGGUGGGACCCAGUGGAUCUGGAAAAUCAACCCUGGUGUCACUGCUGCUCAGACUGUACGACCCCGACGCUGGUAUGAUCUCCAUAGAUGGUCAUGACAUCAGAGAUCUGAAUCCCUAUUGGCUCAGGAGUCACAUUGGGACUGUCAGCCAGGAGCCCGUGCUGUUUUCUUCUUCUAUACGAGAUAAUAUAGCUUACGGUGCGGUUGACCCAGAAGCUGUGACCACGGAGGACAUCUACAGGGCAGCCAGAGUGGCCAACGCCUAUAAUUUCAUCCAGGCUUUUCCACAAGGAUUUGACACUGUUGUGGGGGAGAAGGGAGUGCUGUUGUCAGGUGGUCAGAAGCAGAGGAUAGCCAUAGCCAGAGCUCUGCUCAGGAAUCCCAAGAUCCUGCUUUUAGACGAGGCUACCAGUGCCUUGGAUGCUGAGAAUGAGUUCCUGGUCCAGGAAGCCUUGGAGCGUCUGAUGGAAGGCAGGACAGUCGUGAUCAUCGCUCACCGUCUGUCCACCAUCCAGAAUGCAAAUGCCGUCGCCGUACUGGACCAGCAGCGGGUGGUCGAGUGUGGCCGGCACGCCGAGCUGCUAGGCAACAGGCAGGGGCUGUUCAGAAAACUGAUGGAGAAGCAGGCCUUUCUACAAGAAGAGCAGCAACGAGCGCUUCGCUGAGCAGACAGGGAGGACAGACCAGUGGAUGAGGAUGAGGGAGAAAUCAGGAGGUGAGAUCAAUGGCUCGAAAAACAACUGGCUUUACCCCAGUCAGAGGUGAGGGGAGAAACAAAAGCUCCAGGAAAGUAGAACUUUCCAGAGGAGUUGGAGAUUUGAAAGCCACUGAGAAAAACAAGGGGAUUUUGUUUUCCUUGCUUAAAGGAAAGAGACGGAAUAAUCCACAGUGAAGACCUAAGACCUGAAAUAUGGAUAAGGGAGUUCCUUCAGAUGCUUUAUUUUGAAAAUAUCUACUUCUACAAUGAAUGAGGAGGACCAAAUAAGAACCUGAGAGUGAAAAGGACACAUCAGGAAGACGGCACUCCUCACACAGCGCGCUCCGAGACAACAUGUCAUAUCUGAAUCACUAUCACUACCAGAGUUUUUGGGGAAAAAGCUCAAAUUCUGUAUUAAAUCACUGAGGUGUUGGUGUGAUGGUGUCAAUCUGCUGAAGGACACUGUUGUCUGUCAUCAGGUUUUGAUUUUCAUAACCAAACCAAAAGCAGUCUAGUCUGAUAUAUGCAGAACAGCUGAAUAUAUGUUUGUUUAUGAACUUGUGUCUAUUUAUUAUUAAUUUUUAUUUCAUUUUUUCAAGCAGAUCCUUUUUAUAUAACGUGACAUCAUUGUAGAGUUGAAACAAGCCAAAUGAAGCAGCUAUUUCUGUCAUCUACACUAUGUUUUAAAACUGGACUCAGCACUGUUCUCACAUAUCUGAACACAAGGACACAGAUCAAUGUGCACUUAUGUCAUGAAACAUUGUUGAAUGUCAUGUGCGCCAUCUUAAAAGUGCUAUUUCAGUCGGAGCUGCAACAAUUAACUAUUUAGAUGAUCGGUGAGUAAUUUAGUUCAGAUUCUCUGAUUACGGCUUCUUAAAUGUGAAUAUUUUCUGGGUACUUUACUCUUCUAUGACCGUAAACUAAAUAUCUUUGGUUAUUUUUCACAUUUUAUAGCCCAAACAACUAAUCGAUUAAUUGAGAAAAGUCGUUGACAGAGAAAAUAAUCAUUAGUUGCAGCCUUAUUUCUAGUUCACUCUUCAUUUUUAUCUGGCCCUGAAAGUGCAUACUGUUACCAUCUUUUCUUUGUCAAACAAAAUUAUGUGUGCACAGCAGGUUGUGAGGGUUAACUGAGGCCUGCCAGACAGCUUCUUCACUGGCUGAUGUUCUGCUGCUCCCUCAUAGGAAGGGUAAAUCAAAGCCGGACGCGGUCUGUACAUUGUCAUGACUCUCAAAAUCCUCAAUUCAUCGUGUCUUCAAAAUGUCAAGAAUGUAUUCUUUCAGGUGUCUUGGCCUAAUCUUUAAAUGUCGGUCAAACAGAAACCACCAUUACAAGUUGUUACAAACAUGUGAGUGUGUAUACUGUCCAUCAUCUGUCAGUCGGUGACGUGAUUGUCCCCUCCGUGCUGUGUGAACUGGUAGGUGUUUACGGGACGCGCACUCUGCCAGCAUUAACUUCUACAUAAACAUCUCUGAACUCACGUACACGUUAGCCACAAAGCUGUUGAGCCAGCUAAAUAUUAUAGCUGGCUGAGAGAGCCCGACUAAGAGGUAAUGAUUCUGCUCGGUAAAUAUUUGGAAGGUAAAUGGCCCACUUCACUGCUCAGGGGGAGUCUAGACCGGAGUGUAACGCCAGACAUGUAAAGGCCCUCUGCUGCAGCACUAACAGGACUGUAGAUUGGGUGUUUUUCUCAUGAAAAACGACUAAACUAAACAUUUGUGAAUAAUCUCCCAAACCUUUUUUUAAAACAGAAUUAGGAAAAGAAUCCUCUGUUUGUUGAGCUCAGGUGUGUGCAGUGCAGCUGGGACAGUUUUGACUUUACAACUAUGAGUCAUUUUGUUUAUGGCAAAAGUUGGUGAACCAAGAUUAAAUGAUUUCUGAGAAGCAAACACUGAUGCACGGUACAGGAUAUAUACACAUCUUUACAAAUGAUCACAUAUUGUUCACAUCAAUCUCUUUUGAAGUUUUCCUGUGCUUUUAUUGACUUUUAUCGGAGGAGCUUCCUGAUAUGUUAAUUCAAUCUAAAAUUUGCUACUGACUGAAAAGACUGAAAACUUAAGUGCACAUCUCUGAAGGACUUUUUGUUAAAUGUUUGUUUUUUCUCCACAGGGAUUAGAAACUUGAGUUAUUUUGAAUGUAACUUUUCGUUCAUGAUUUGAAGUCAGUGCUGCAUAGAGACUCUGAAAACUGGAUUGUGGCCCCUUAACAGAAAUAAAGAUGACUUAGUCUUGAUCAUAAAGGAGGGGAAGUGUUGGGAUAAACUGACACAGCAUUGAUCAUUAGUUAUUGCCCAAUUUAAUAGUCGACUAACCUUGUCUGAGAUUAGUUAUCACUUUUUGGUUGUAUAAUUUGUGAGACAGUACACUGCAGAUGAUUUAUCAUGCACUAUUUUCAUGUUCUUUGUUUUCUUUUUGCUAGAAUUAUUUCCCCUAAAAGGCCAGUUGGUUUCUUUACGUGUCUUUAUUUUAAAGUUACAUUUUACUUCAAAAUGAUGCCUUGAACAUCCUCUCUGAACGUCUAGUUUUGUGUGUCCUGUGGAGGUCGGUUUAUUAAAAUGAUGUAAUUUAAAGAAGUUAUGUUUAGUUUUUAAAAAAAAAUCUUCUCACCACUCUAAACCUCUCACCACAGACUAAAGCUGAUCAUGGAUGAUGCUUGAUAGUCUCUCAGAUACUGAUGGAAACAUGUCCAGAAGAGUUUUGGUGUUUGUUUUUUUUUUUACUUGUAUGUUAUGAGUUCUAAAUAAUAUGGCCUAAAUGAUACAUUAUAGAUUUUUAAUUAUUUUUGUGGUUGUUAAAUUAUUAUACUUCUAUGUAAAAGUAAAUAAAGUGAGAUAUUAAUAGUU